AUGAACUUCCUUGCUACACCUCACGCACAGGUUUGUCGUAUCUAUAAAGAGGAGCGUUACGGUGAUCAGUCGUACUGUGAGCUUUUAAUACCCUUUGUGCUUCGCCAUCCAAAAGACCUCAUAUGGUGGUCAAUCUGGACAUUUGAAUCCAUUCGGCAAUCUUGUGGUUACAGAUGCUGCGAUUACAUCAGGAAGUAUGUCAAGGAUGUUGACGAAGGUGCUGCCUAUUUGGAGUCUUUACCAGAACAAGACAGGAUUCCGAUCAAGAGGAAUGCAGAUAAAGUAUGUGCUGAGCUCUUGAAUAACGGUAUCAGGGCAAGCUUCUUACCUCCGAACCUGGAUGAUACAUUGUGCCUGUUCAAGAGAAUGUACGAUGAAGUAUCGAAGGUGCCUGCGAUGCUGUACACCGAUUUAUUGAUCCAUUGGAAGAAGAAAGAUGAACAAUUGGACCACGCCCAUGCCCAUCCAGCUAUCGUGCUGGCUUUUUGCCACACUCAUCUAGUUGAACCUAUGUUUAAGGUCUUGAUGGUUUUGAGACCUCGCUUAAAAGGCGAUUUUGUGAGCUUCAUUGAUGCAGAGUUCCAGAGGAGAGGAAUUGAACGUAUGGAUAUCAAGUCCCUUUACUUUGACAACUAUCAGGAAAUGUUUAUUUACCCUUGCGAUUUGGAACAGGCUGGCCCUUUCCGAGUAUUUUCAUGGGAAGAACCGUCUGCGUUGAGUAAGAGGCAUUUUAUAAAAUGCACUCAUUGUCAUAAGAAGGUGCAAAUUGUGGACGGCUUUGGGGCUAAGCGGACCGGAUAUUUUCACGGUCGGGAAAAGCAAAAGGCACAGAAGAAGGAAAGUGGUCGGAAAAGAGCGUACCACAGAAACAGGUUGGUUGUCGAUUGA